CCGAGACAGGAGGGUGGUUUAUUGGGACGUCAGAAGGCCAUGUUCUGGGUUAGGUGACUCUCUCGAAUAAAAUCACUUUCCUUGUUUCAACACUCUUGUCUCGUGCAGCGAGCGGAUCAGACCUGGGUUCAAUAACCAACCACAGUGAUUCCAUGGUUUUGGGGUAAGUGAUUCCCCGCUUUCCCUUUAGAGGAAAUGUUUGGUCUCUCUUAAAAAAAAAAAAAAGUUUAGCAUUGAGCAGUUUCUAAGUGAUGUCAAAAGGAAAGCGAAAGCAAAACUCAACUUUGGUGCAACAGCCGGCUCACCAGUGGCAAACACCACCAGACACAGCCGUGGCUCAGAAAUGUACAAGGGCACAAAGAUGAAUUAAUUAUAAACGUUUGACUAUCGUUGUCUAUAAUGGCGAGAUUUUUGAACAACCUCAAUGCUCAGCAACCAGGGCUUGGUCAGAUAGCCGAUAUAUAUCCGUGUAAUGGGACACGAUGACACUGGCACAAGCAGCCGUGACAUUCAGUGUCUUGAAACAAAUACCCACAGCUUGUGAAGUAAAAAGAACCAAAUCUGUGGCCCCUCCGGUCCCAUCUGUGAAAAGACAAACACCAACACCUCGAUGGGGUGCUCCCCUCGGCCUUCUUCCUCGCCCCGCCCCUUCUCGGUCUCGGUCUCGGCUUCCCCAGCGGCUCCCCGUGACGUGUCUCCGACUCCGGGUGACCUCCUGGGGGCCAGCUUCUCCAUCAUCUGCUCCGUUCUGAGACGAGAGCUCCUGCGGGACGUGGUGGGGCGCUGCCGCUAUGGGGUCAACAACCACUUGGACCACAAGUACAAACCGCGGCCUGUGAACGUGAUCAUCUAUUCUGCGAAGAAGAAGAUUGGUGAGGAGAUGGAGUACAGGCUUCUGGGCCGAUCUGAGAUACGGUGUGCCCCACAGCAGGCAGGCGGAACAUACCCUGAUUGGAGGAGGGGUGUCCCUGGGACUCGGCAUUCUAGGCAUGGUUGGCUACUCGCUUGUGAAGACAUGAUCCCAAAAGCAAUGACAGCCCGAAGGAGCCCCAAAUCCUUCAGCUGCAGAGACCAGUGGAGACACCCCAUGGCUCCUCUGUCUACCGGACCCUCAACCUCCAGCAACCUGUCGUUCUGUCUCUCCCUCUCCCUCUCUCACUGGCUGAAGGAUGGGCUAAUUGUGCCAAGACCAACGAAUGAAGCAAAUAUAUCUUCAAGAAGGACUUCCACUAUGUUUUUGCAGACUUCUGAACCAGGAAGGAAGGAAGGAGCAUUACUUCGACACCUGUUGGGUUCUCCCCGCAAUUUCUAGCUGAGUGACCUUGAGAAAAUCUCUGGACUCCCAGAGCUUCAGUCCCCUUCUCUGGGACGGGGAUAAGGAUUACAUAAGGCAAGGUGAUGUGGAGAAGACUCCUGAUGUCUGGUAACCAGCAGAUAUUCAACGGGUGGUCUACAUCGCUCCGUGUAGACGCUACGUCGCUCCGUGUAGAGUCUACGUCGCUCCGUGUAGACGCUACGUCGCUCCGUGUAGAGUCUACGUCGCUCCGUGUAGACGCUAC